GGCGUGCGGUCCAUCGCCAUGUCCAGUGACGAUUCCUUUCUGUAACCCGAGACGGUCGGUUUCUCGUUCUUUCCGGUGGGCUCGUCGUUGGAUUUUAGUCGGACGAGCUCGUUUUUUCUCUUUUGUUCUCUCUCCUCGAUCACUCCGAGACAAAGCGAACGGCAAACGGCGCGUGUGCUUCGACGAGAACCAUUGCCGUCGCGUGUUCUUUUCCAUUUCAGCAAGGAAGCUCAAUUAGCAUAGCUGCCGCUGCCGUCGCGCGAGCGGAAAGGCGCGACGGCGCCCACAGACCAUUUAUUUUAAGACCUAUCAGAAGGGUUAGUUGAACUUGGUCACGCGCCUCGCUCGCGCGCAGCUCGCGCCGCGGAGAAAGUGCAAGCGAAUUUGACAAUUUUUGACGCGAGGCCAAAAGCUUUACACGCCACCCGAAUAUUCUAUUAUUUCCAUUGCUUCGCGACAGCGACGCUCCGCAACGAGUAAUUGACCGUCUGUCUAAACUUAGAACGAUCCUUGCUUUCGAAAGCCCGCGCGCGACUGAAAAACGCGCCCGCCUAAGAGCCCGAACCAAAGAACGAAGAAACCGACAUCUGAAAAGACAUCUGCGUUUAGUGCCACGAGGAGAAACAGCCAAUAGGCGCAGUUUAAUAUGCAACAGUGCAAGACGAGGGUGUUUGUGCACGAGCAGUGAGCCGAGAAGAGGAAUCAGAAGGGAAUCGUUUGCUCUGGACGACAGCCAUGGAAGAAGAAGAACGCGCAAACAGCAGCAGCGGCGUUGGUGGCGUUGGCGGCGGAGACAAGGAACUGGAGGAUCUUCGAGACAGAUACGAGGGCAAGCUAACAGCUUCGCUUUACACUGGCCUCCUGAGUGUCACUGUACUCGCUACUUUACCUCCUCUCGUCGCUCUUCUAUGCCUUUAUAGCAGCGACGAAAUGAAACGCCUAAUCCUACCGAUAAGCAGUCUGACGGCGAUGCUGCUGAGCAGCUGCUGCCUGCUCGCCGUCUCCCAGUUCCCGGCGAGCCUCGCCUCGCGCAGACGUCGCUUCGCCCUCGGCCUCCUCGCCUCGGCGCUCCUCGGCGCCGGCUGCCUGCUGCUGACGUCGCCGAGCGCCGCCUUCGUGGCCGUGCUCGCGCUCGUCGCCUCGCUGCCGAGGAUCAAGAGACACCGGCCCUCGGUGCUGGGCUUUUGCCUCGCCGCCGCUUACCUGACCAAGAGAGGGGCCCUCCACUUGGUCUACGGCGAGCCGAAGCUCGCGGAGGUGGAGAGCGACGUGCUGUUCGUGACCGCCGCGCUGCUCGCUGGACUCUACUACCGCGUGCUCACGUCGCGAGCGCACAGCCAGACCUUCGCGAGCACGGCCACCAUCAUCGAGUCGAGGAUCAAGCUCGAGUGCGAGCGCGAGCAGCAGGAGCAGCUGCUGCUAAGCGUCAUCCCCGCGUACAUCGCCGCCGAGGUCAAGCGGAGCAUAAUGCUGAAAAUGGCGGACGCCUGCCAGGAGGCGAGCAAGCACAAGCAGACCAGAUUCCACGAGAUGUACGUGCAGCGUCACAACAGCGUCAGCAUACUCUACGCGGACAUAGUGAACUUCACGCCGCUGUCCGAGCAGCUGUCGGCCUCGGACCUCGUCAGAACGCUGAACGAGCUGUUUGGCAGAUUCGACCAGAUAGCGCAGGACAAUCAGUGCAUGCGGAUAAAAAUUCUCGGCGACUGCUACUACUGCGUGUCCGGGCUGCCCGUGUCGAGGCCGAAUCACGCCUACAACUGCGUCAACAUGGGCCUACAAAUGAUCGAAGCCAUCAGAUUCGUUCGCGAGGCAACGGGUUUCAACGUGGACAUGCGCAUCGGCAUCCACACGGGGAACGUCUUGUGCGGGGUGCUGGGUCUGCGGAAAUGGCAAUUCGACGUGUGGAGCGACGACGUCACUCUCGCCAAUCACAUGGAGAGCGGCGGUGAACCUGGUCGAGUACACGUGACGAAGGCGACGCUGCUGCAGCUGGGCGAUCGUUUCGAAGUGGAGCCUGGCAACGGCGGUACACGAGAAGCUUACCUGGCUGAACAUAAAGUCGAAACUUUCCUCAUCAUCCCACCCAAGAAAAAUCCGGAUGAGACCGAGCUGCUGAAUGGCAAAUCGUUCAAAGGUCCUGGACACACGCCGUCGAGAUCCCGACCAAGUAGUAAAAUGACCAAAUACGUGGAGUGCUGGGGCGCGGACAAGCCGUUCGCCAACAUUGCCGAGUCGACGUUGGCAAAGAACAUCGGCCUUACCAGCAUCGCCAUGAUCGAAUCGAACUUAUUGGCCAACGGUUCUACGUGCUUCGACGUCAAACAGUGGUGCGGUAGAGGCGAGGGUAUGUCGAGCUUGACUUACUGGUUCAAGGACACAAAUCAAGAGCACCAGUAUCGCGAGCAGAGAGAUGAGCAGUACCCCUGGUACGUCGUGGUCUCGACUCUGCUCUACCUCGUCAUGUUCCUCGUGCAGGUCGUCUACUUGCCUGGCAACUUGGUGGUGUGCGGCUGCUUCGGUGGCGGCCUGCUGUGCCUGUCCGCGCUGUCGGCGAUCUCGUGGCUGGCGAGCCGCGCGCACAAGGGCAGCGAGGUCGGCUGCGAGGAGCGCGCGCUGCUGAGCCGCGGCAUCAGGACGGCGGUGUACCUGAUCACGGCGCUCCUCGGCUGCAGCUCGGCGGCGGUGAGCCUGGUGGACGCCGGCGCCGCCGACUGGCCCAGCAGCAUCGCGCCGAUGUACGUCGAGUGCGCGGCGAUCGGCCUGGUGGUCGGCUGGACGCACCUGCGGGUCGGCUCGCUGCUCAAGCUCGGCGUGAUGGUCGCCUCGGCGGGCUGCCUGCUGGGCGCGCUCUCGCAGUGGCCGCCCAUGCGGGACUACUACUCGCAGCCGAGCAACGAGUUCUUCCGCGUGCACUACCUCGCCCAGCUCGGCUUCCCGCUCGCGCUCGUCGGGCUGGUGCUGCACGUGCUCGACCGGCGCAUCGAGUACACCUCGCGCACGCACUUCCUCUGGCGGACCAAGCUCAAGGUGGAGCAGGACGAGGUGGAGACGAUGCGCGGCAUCAACAAGAUCCUCCUGGAGAACAUCCUGCCGGCGCACGUGGCCGGCCACUUCCUGGCCACGCGCGACAAGCAGGACCUCUACCACGAGAGCUACAGCAGCAUCGCCGUCAUGUUCGCCUCGAUACCCAACUACAAGGAGUUCUACGACGAGACGGACAUCAACAAGCAGGGCUUGGAGUGCCUGCGGCUGCUCAACGAGAUCAUCUGCGACUUCGACAAGCUGCUGCUCAAGCCCAAGUACUCGAGCAUCGAAAAGAUCAAGACCAUCGGCAGCACCUACAUGCUGGCCUGCGGACUGAGCCCCGGCAAGGAGGACACGGACGGCCUGAUCGACCAGGCCAAGCAGCACGAGCACCACGUCAUCGUCCUCGUUGAGUUCGCCAUCUCCCUCAUGACUCUGCUCGACCAGAUCAACCGCGAGUCCUUUCAGAGGUUCAAGCUCCGAAUAGGACUCAACCACGGCCCGGUGAUAGCCGGCGUGGUGGGCGCCCAGAAGCCGCAGUACGACAUCUGGGGCAACACGGUCAACGUGGCCUCUCGCAUGGACAGUUGCGGCCAGAUGGGCAGGAUCCAAGUGACCGAGGACACGGCCAGGGUCUUGAGAAACGCCGGCUACGAGCUCGUCUGCCGCGGACCUACCUACGUCAAGGGCAAGGGAACCCUCACCACUUACUUCGUCAAGACUCCGUUCGACGACAAGGAGGACAAUUACUGAACCGAGGCUAAUGUUUUCUUUUCGUUGAAAGCGCACAUUUCGCCCGUUUCGUUUCACUUUCGGCAUACUACAUGCAACGAAACCACGUAGAGCGUAGAUCAAUUCUUAUAUCGCCGAUGGCCUAAUUUUAUGAUUGUAUUUGUCAACGUGCUGGGCGCGUCGCUCCUUUUAAUCGUUACAUUUCAAAGAAAAUCGUAGUCUGUAUCGUCGUCAAUGUGUAAACAAAUGAACGUAAUAACAAAGUACAACAAUGGUUCGAUGUAUUCUACAAAUCAAUGUAAAUACGCUAUUUUUUCUCUCUUCUUCCAUAUCAACGUACCAAAUGUUCUAAUCGUAAGAUUUUCGAAUGGAUAACGAAGACGCGUGCUUUACAAACGCGAUAAUCAAUAUUAUAUGGCCUUUGGAAUGCAUACAUGGAAUGCAGUGGAUUGCACGGAGAAUUCAUUCGCUCGACGUUCGACAAAGUUGAAAAAGUUACUUAUACGCUAUCACGUCAAGUCUAGAAAGCGUAUGAGACAUUUAAUAUUUCAAACUUAUAAAACUUACAAGUUAAGAGUUCGAAAAACAUUUGUGCAACUAUAACCGUGCACAUCUCCAAGUAAACGUGAAAAUAACUUUGAGCGAGCUUGCAACAACUGAAUUGGCAAAUUCCUACAAUUUUUUUCGAAAGUAUGGCUUAGUUUGAACGCGCAACUUCGUAAUUCCCGUUUUUAAUUUUCAACAAUAAUCCGUUUGCAAUGCGUGUAAGUGAUAAUUAGUGUCAACUGAACAAUUUUCGAUAAUACUCAAACUGUACAAAUACUCGGAAAGACAAAUCUAACUAUCUCUUGUAUACGUGUCUUAUCAAACAAAAGCUCCAUUAAUUAUCAGAACCAUAAUAUUGUAAUUGGAUGUCACCCAACACACGUACACAUAUUACCUAAUUACAAAUUGACAUUUCGAUCUAAAAUAUGAAUGUGUGUAGAACGAACCUAAAAAUUGCUGUAAAAACUGUGAAAAUUCUAAUGUUGAUUGUUCACCGGAUACUCAAUUAAAAAAUCUGCCCUGUCUUUUAUAGAUGUGGUUAUUAUUUUCAUUUGUAAUGUCAAACUUAUCAAAACCUAUAUAGUAUUUCAACUUUUUCCAACAAGUCACUGAAACUGUCGAUAUUACCAUCGGUCGUAUUAAAUUUGAAUUCGUACCUAUCCCUUCCCGCUUUUUUCGAAGGUGGCGCCGCGACCGUUAUUUUUUGAGUUAAAACGUUUUAAACUAUGAAAACUGUUCACAGUUGACGUAGAUUUUACCGGUCAACGUUAUUCAUUAUUUGUUGAAUGACAAAUGUAUAGCUUUUACAAAAUAAAAUUAUCAAUGAAAAGGUAGCUCUUCUGUAUGAGUGAAGAAAGUGGGGGAAUUAGAUUUUAAGUCAAGAAACUUUCUUUUUUCUCACAUUAAGUUAUGAAAAAUAAAACGAUAUGUAGAAAUGUUGUUUUAUUUAAGCGAAGCUUGUUUUUCAUUAUAAAUAUAAUCUAAAAAUAAACCUAACCUAUAAUCAAAAUAAUCAGUGAAUGAUUGAUUUUUCAUGAACUGAUGAAGGUUUAUUUUAUGAAACAAAUGAACGAAAUAACAAUAAAUUAAACAAGAAAUUUCAGUUUUUAUCGGACUGUGUAAGG